UGCUCUGUCAAUGUCGCUCCAGCACUUUCUCCGUCUCGGCCACUACACGCCCGAAGCACUCCAAGCGCUCUUGGCCUCGUCUGCCGCUCUCCGCACGCAGCGCCACAGCAAGUCUCUCCCGCAGCUCCUGUCUGGUCGCACGAUGGGAAUGAUCUUCCAGAAGCGCAGCACGCGCACGCGCGUCAGCACCGAGGCUGGCGUGGCACUGCUUGGCGGACAUGCUGUGUUUCUAGGAAAGGAAGACAUUCAGCUUGGCGUGAAUGAAUCGGUGCAAGACACGGCGCAAGUGCUGAGCAGGUUCCAUGAUGUUGUGCUUGCUCGCGUCUUCAAACACUCAGAUGUCGAGGAGCUGGCCAAGCACUCGACAGUACCAAUCAUCAACGGCCUCUCAGAUCUGCACCACCCGCUCCAGGCGCUCGCCGACUUGUUGACAAUUCAGCAACACUUUCCUGUUACAAAGGGCCUGAAAAUCGCUUGGGUCGGCGAUGGCAACAAUGUGCUGCAUUCGCUGCUGGAGACGGCGCCCAAAAUGCAAAUGCACAUUAGCGUUGCUACUCCGCCUGGCUACCUGCCAAACGCGACCAUUGUGAAGGAGGCUCAAGCGGAUGCUGCUCGGUAUGGCACUCGUGUAGAGCUCACAAACAAUCCGCGCGAGGCCGUGAAAGGCGCGAACGUGAUUGUCACAGACACCUGGAUCAGUAUGGGCGACGAGGCGCAAAAGGAGGAACGUCUCCGCUCGUUCGCAGGGUUUCAAGUGACCAACGAGCUGCUCAAGCACGCCUCACCCGACUGGAAGUUUUUGCAUUGCUUGCCUCGCAAGCCGGAGGAAGUUUCCGACGAGGUUUUCCGUUCGCCGCGCUCUCUCGUCUGGGACGAGGCUGAGAAUCGCAUGUACACUGUCAUGGCGGUGAUUCUGGACUUGUUGAAGCUUCGAUAGGGCGGAUGCCGAUGAUUCAGGUGUACCAAUUGUGCAUAAACUAGCUGUUUGCUGGCAAAUGUACCUUUUACAAAAGCCCAG